UGCUUUCCCGUUUCCACCGCGCGUACACGGCAAACGUCUCGCGCCCACGCACGACUCCGCCUUACUACGCACCUAGGGGUUCUCCUCCGCCGCCGGCCGUUCGCGCGGCGGGUUUCGUGCCAUCGGGAUUGCAGGGGAACAGGGUUCGGCUUUCUAGGGUUCCGCCGGUUUGGUUUGGUCGGGCCUGCGUCGUGCGUUUCGACGAGCGAAUCUAGUGGUCGAUUUGAAUCAGUGGGCGUCGGAUGCAGGUGCCGGUGGCGGUUAGCUUGAUUCCGAUUCUGCUGUAAUACCGACGGGAUUUUCAGCUACGUUUGUGUUUGUGCGGUUCAAUGGCGGGAUCUGUGGGCACAGGCAGGGUAGCACCUCGGUCGUCCCCAAAGCGGUACAACGGCAUGGAUCCGCCGUUAUCUUUGACCAGGCCGACCAUGUUCGAUCUGCAGAAGACGGCUGAGCUCGAGAAGUUCUUGGUUGAAGCGGGCCUUUACGAGAGCGAGGAGCAGUCCGCGAAACGGGAGGAGUUGCUACGGGAGAUUGAUGGGAUAGUUAAGGAAUGGGUGAAGCAGUUAACUAGUCAGAAAGGGUAUUCUGAGCAAAUGAUUGAAAAGGCAAAUGUAGUCCUUUUCACUUUUGGAUCUUACCGCUUGGGGGUUCAUGGGCCUGGAGCAGACAUUGAUAUCUUAUGUGUUGGACCUUCAUAUGUGAACCGAGAGGAGGAUUUCUUUGUCACACUACAUGGCAUAUUAACACAACUGGAAGAAGUGACUGAACUACAACCUGUACCUGAUGCUCAUGUACCUCUUAUGAAAUUUAAGUUCCACAGGAUGGCAAUUGACCUUCUCUAUGCCAGUGUAUCUCUUGCAGUAAUACCACCAGAUUUCAACAUCUCUGAAGGGUCUGUGCUUUGUGGUGUUGACGAAUCAACUGUUCGAAGUCUUAAUGGGUGCAGGGUGGCAGACCAGAUUCUUCGACUUGUUCCAAAUGUUGAGAAUUUCCGGACAACACUCAGGUGUUUGAAGUACUGGGCAGAGAGAAGGGGCGUUUAUUCCAAUGUUACUGGUUUCCUUGGGGGUGUCAACUGGGCCAUAUUGGUUGCUCUUAUCUGCCAACUCUAUCCUAAUGCUGUACCAAGUAUGCUGGUCUCAAGAUUCUUCAGAGUUUUUACGCAGUGGCAGUGGCCGAAUCCAGUGAUGCUUUGUGCCAUUGAGAAUGAUGACCUUGGUUUUUCUGUAUGGGAUCCACGUAAAAAUCCUCGUGAUAGAUCUCAUGUUAUGCCUAUCAUAACUCCAGGCUAUCCAUGCAUGAACUCUAGCUAUAAUGUAUCUUCUAGCACAUUGAGGGUUAUCAAGGAGCAAUUUAAGCUCGGUAAUAAGAUUUGUCAGGAAAUUGACCUUAAUAAGGCUAGUUGGACUGCCUUGUUUGAGCCUUUUAUUUUUUUCGAGGCAUAUACGAAGUAUCUAGUGGUUGACAUUGUUGCGGACAAUGAUGAUGAUCUUCGGCUUUGGAAGGGAUGGGUUGAGUCUCGACUGAGGCAGCUGACCUUGAAGAUAGAGCGGGAUACUAAUGGAAUGCUGCAAUGCCAUCCUUACCCAUGUGACUAUUCAAAUCCUACAGUACAGUGUGCUCAUUGCUCCUUCUACAUGGGCUUAUCAAGGAAAGAAGGGAUGAAAAUACAUGGUCAAAACUUUGAUAUUCGUGGAACGGUAGAUGAGUUUAUGCAUGAAAUCGGAAUGUACACAUUGUGGAAGUCUGGAAUGGACCUAGCGGUCACUCAUGUUCGUAAGAAGCAGAUCCCUUAUUAUGUAUUUGAACAGGGUUACAAGAAACCUUGUCCACCAAUGCAUGCAAACCAGCAAGAGCAGUCUGAUAGACAUGACACUGAAGAUGACACACUGACAGCAUCUAUGUUGGGCCAACUAAAGAGAAAGCGUGAUUUUGAUGAAGCUGGUCACAGUGAAUCAUGUAAAUCUGUUAAAAGGUCUUCAGUAUGCCUAGGCUACGAGGAAAGUCCACCUGAAUAUGGAAGCAUUGUAAGUAAAGUUGUAUCCGAAAACACAGUCAAAUUGGUUUCCAGUGCCCUCUGUAAUGGAGUUCAGAAUGGACUGUCGCAUGGCAAUGUAAAUUUGGAAUCAGCAAAUUGCUCCAGUUCACCACAUGGAUCUGAGGAGUCUGCAGCAUCAGGCACAAGCUGUGCAGCUGUGGAAACAGUUCACAUGGUUUAUGAAACUGUUGGUCCUGAAAGCUCAAUGGCAUGUGUUAUCAAUGGUAUGGUCCAGACUAUGGCAGUGCACACACCUUUAAAAUGUGUGGCUGAGAAAGAUGAACCCAAGUUUGAGGGAAUUGGUAGCUUGGCAAACAGCAAUUCUGCCGAGUUUAUGGAGCAGACAGAAAUGCUCACUGGAAACGUCCUUGGUGAGAAUAUGCACUUGUGUGAAUGAGCUGAUUUGAAGCGACCUUCCACUAAACAGAUUAUGCAGGUGCCAAAUUGGUUGUAUCCAGAAGCCAGAAAGCUUCAAUUAGGUCUGCCCUAAACUGCGUGAGUGGAGGAUAGUCAAAAGGAAAAGACUGGUGACUUGCUGAAUGGAAUCAGGGGUUUCAUGCCUGUGGUCGGUAAGUUUGUUUGCUCCGAGUUCUGACAUGGAUUUUCUCAGAAGGGAGUCUUGAAAGAAGAGGUGCUCCUGGUGCCGGAAUGUUCAGUCAGCUAUAUGGAGCAAAUGUGCAGCAGUUUGUCCCAGAUGCUUCUCUGACAAGGACAAGCUUUUUUACCCAAAACUGCGAACCAUGUACCAUCCAGGUUACUUGAUCUUAUUACUAGUAUAAUACACAGCUUGUAAGUGUUAUACAGAGAUGGUCUACCUUACACAUUAAUUACAUAGGUUAGGUAGCUUACCAUCAAUUUUGUCAUAGAGAAGACCGCACACCCUUUACCUAUGAUAAUUUUCAAAUGCCGGAAGCUUUGUCUACUCA